CUGUAGUCACGCAUGUUAUUUUAGUAGGCUUGCAUUAAAGCCCAUUUAGGUUAUAAGGCCCAUAAUGUAUUUAAUAGGCUGCCCAUUUAGAGAAGACUGUCGUCGCUUCCUUUAAGUCAACCAACCCUUUGGAUUAAAUCCACAAUGCAAUUCGUCCAACUAAAAAACUCUCAACCGUUGAUUUGAUUCACACACAGACGAGACAAGACAAUUCCGUCCCCUCUCUCUCUCUCUUUCCGCAGCUCGCCGGAUCUCCUUUGUCUUCUUCCCCUGGGUUCCGUUUAGCUCAAUCCCUUUUUAGGAAAGACUCCGUGGCUCGAUCCUAGUCUUGGCGAUCGCCUCUACCCUUUUUGACUCUAUUCUUCUUCUUCUUCAUUCAUUUCCCCUCUUAUUCAUUGCCUUUAGGGUUUCUUACACGAUAUGAGCUAAAUACGAUUUUGAUUUCACCCUAAGCUUUCUUCUAUUGCUUCUCGUCGUUGCAGGGUUUUCUUAAAUGGAAACGCCCGGCGCCAGUCAUGAUUCAUUUAGGGGUUCUCCUCGUAGAAACUCCAUCCUCUCUGCUUCUAACAUCAUCCAGGCCCCUAUUUCUACCUUGUUAGAGUAUUCGGGUCUCUUUCGAGCUAGGCCAAGUCCUAGUCAUGAGGCUGAGACGCUUGUUAGUGAUGAUUCUUCAGGACUCUCCAAUGGGGAGGUUGCCAUUAGGAUCAUUGGCAACACCGAGCAGGAUGCUGAAACUGAUACCAAUGCUCUGAGGGAACCCGGACACUCUGAACUCUUGGGUUCUUCUGCUACUCAGGUUGAUCCCAUGGGAGGUGCUUCAGAAGGUGCCUCUCAGGCUGCUCCAGGUGAUCCUGCUGCUGGAGACGCCGCUUCCCGGGAUUCGCCUUACCAAAGAUAUGAUAUUCAGCAGGCUGCACGCUGGAUUGAGCAAAUUCUUCCCUUUUCUUUGCUUCUGUUGGUUGUUUUUAUCCGCCAGCAUUUGCAGGGGUUCUUUGUCGCCAUUUGGAUUGCUGCUGUCAUGUUCAAGUCAAAUGAUAUUCUCAAGAAGCAAACAGCUUUGAAGGGUGAGAGGCAUAUCUCGGCAUUAAUUGGAAUCUCUGUAGCAUUUACGGCCCAUGUUGUUGGUGUUUAUUGGUGGUUUCGGAAGGAUGACCUCUUGUAUCCCUUAAUCAUGCUGCCUCCAAAGUCCAUACCACCUUUCUGGCAUGCCAUUUUUAUCAUAGUGGUGAAUGAUACACUUGUCCGGCAGGCCUCAAUGAUUUUCAAGUGUUUUUUGUUGAUGUACUACAAAAACAGUAGGGGUCGGAAUUAUCGUAAACAGGGUCAAUUGCUAACUUUGGUUGAAUAUUUCAUGCUUCUGUAUCGCUCUUUACUGCCUACCCCUGUAUGGUACCGUUUCUUUUUGAACAAGGAUUAUGGAAGCCUCUUCUCCUCUCUUAUGACGGGAUUGUAUCUUACAUUCAAGCUCACUUCAGUAGUUGAGAAGGUUCAAUCCUUCUUUACGGCAUUGAAGGCUUUGUCACGUAAAGAGGUGCACUACGGAUCAUAUGCAACUACAGAGCAGGUAAAUGCAGCAGGCGACCUGUGUGCCAUCUGCCAGGAGAAGAUGCACACCCCAAUUCUUCUUCGCUGCAAACACAUGUUUUGCGAAGAUUGCGUUUCAGAGUGGUUUGAGAGAGAGAGGACGUGUCCUUUGUGCAGGGCCUUGGUCAAACCAGCAGAUCUGAAAUCAUUCGGUGAUGGAUCCACCAGCCUCUUCUUCCAGAUUUUCUGAUUAAAACACAUAUACAAGACUGCAAAGUAAAAAAGACCCUCUAGACUCACUUGCUCACUCGAUAGUUUUCUUAGAGAGUAUUUCUAUACAAUGCCAUUCAAGCUGUGAAAGAAACCACUGAUGCCUUGGAAGAUGUUCAUACUAUGUCAUUUGUUAAUAUGAAUGAAAUCGCCUUUUAUAUUCCGUUGCAAAAA